GAUGAAAACAUUUUGCAUAUGGAACUUCUAACCAUUUAGGCUCCUCUCAUCCUUUCGACCCGGCUCCCUAAACUCACAACCACACACACUUUUUAACUAGAAAAUCUUUUUCCUUCUAUUUGACCCCAUUAUUCUCCUAAAUGUGCCUAUAAUGCUAACCCAUGUAUGGCGGACACCUCCAGCCAGAACAGGGGGUCUAUUGUGGAAUUUCACUCAGUUGAUGAUUGCUUGUAAAUGCAGAUGAUAAGUGCGUCGUUAUGGACCGAAAUUGGAGUUGAUACUCUCAUGAUUUGAUUGUUCACUUGUGAUUUUGUUUAGUUAAUCAAGAGGAAUGUGGAAAAAAAAAUUAACAAAAGAGACAUGCUGCUUAGUUCUAAGAUAAGAUUACCACGAAGUACUGCAUGAGAGUUGCUCGUCUAACUUUGCCAAAUAUCACUCGUUUGUGACGUGCAUAAACAUAAAAGUACUUGGUCGAGGUCUUUUGAUUAUUCACUAUGGGGGAUGCUGAGUUCCAAGCUGCUGGACAAUCCACAAGUCCCAACAUGUCUAGUAAGAAGAAAGAGCUUCUUUCCACUGCUAUGAAGAGAACUAGUGAAUGGAUCUUUUCGCAGGAGAUUCCAAGUGAUGUUAUUGUUCACGCUGGAGGAACGCCCUUCUCUCUGCACAAGUUCCCACUGGUCUCAAAGUGUGGAUACAUAAGGAAAUUGGUCUCUGAAUCCAAUGAUGCUGAUCUUUCUGAAAUUGAAGUUCCUGACAUUCCUGGUGGAGCAGAGGCGUUUGAACUUGCAGCAAAGUUUUGUUAUGGAAUAAAUUUUGAGAUAAGUACAGAAAACAUAGCCAUGCUUAGAUGUGGUGCUGAGUAUCUUGGGAUGACGGAGGACUAUGCUAUUGGAAAUCUAGUUGGAAGAACCGAAGCUUACCUAAAUGAAGUGGCACUCAAAAGCCUUGCAAGUGCGGUUUCCAUUUUGCAUUCCACAGAAAGUUUUCUUCCGGUGGCAGAGGAAGUAAAAUUGGUUAGCCGGUGCAUAGACACAAUUGCUUAUAUAGCCUGCAAAGAUAACCAAUUUGCUACAUCAGGUAGGGCAGACAGUGGCAACCAUGGCAUAAAUUCCUCAAUGGUGUUUCAACCUAAAGCAAUUGUUGAUUGGUGGGCUGAGGAUUUAACUGUCCUUAGAAUUGAUAUGUUCCAACGGGUGCUUAUUGCGAUGAUGGCUAGGGGAUUUAAACAAUAUUCCCUUGGUCCAAUACUGAUGCUAUAUGUGCAGAAAUCACUUCGAGGUUUGGAAAUAUUUGGAAAGGGAAGGAAAAAAAUUGAGCUGCGACAAGAACAUGAGAAGAGGGUUGUUUUAGAAACAAUCGUUAGUCUUCUACCGAGAGAGAAGCAUUCCUUGUCCGUCAGCUUUCUCUCGAUGCUGCUUAGGGCUGCAAUUUAUCUGGAAACGACGUUUGCUUGCAGGCUUGACUUGGAGAAGAGGAUAGCUUUGCAACUAGGACAGGCUGUGCUAGAUGAUCUCUUAAUUCCCUCGUACUCUUUCACUGGAGAUACACUAUUCGACGUGGAGACAGUCCAGCGGAUAAUGAUGAAUUAUCUAGAUCAUGAAAUGGAGGGGCACAGAUCAGGACUUAAUGCAGAUGAAGAUCUUCUUUCUCCAUCUACUGACAUGGAAAGAGUAGGGAGGCUAAUGGAGAAUUACCUUGCUGAAAUCGCUUCUGAUCGAAACUUGUCUGUUUCGAAGUUUGUUGGUCUUGCUGAACUAUUACCUGAACGUUCAAGAAUCACAGAAGAUGGCAUGUAUAGGGCAAUUGACAUCUAUUUAAAGGCUCAUCCUGCAUUAAGUGACAUGGAGAGAAAGAAAGUCUGCAGCGUAAUGGACUGUCAAAAGCUGUCCAGGGAAGCCUGCGCUCAUGCAGCUCAGAAUGAUCGACUUCCGGUUCAAACUGUCGUUCAAGUGCUUUACUAUGAGCAACAACGCCUUCGGGAGGCCGUCGAUGGCACGGAAGGUGAAACCCCUAAUCUUGCCCUCAAGGUAAAUCAGCACCCUGCUGGCAGCCACACAGCUCCACAAGAACUCUCAAGCUUGCGAAAAGAAAAUCAGGAUCUGAAAUUGGAACUAGUGAAAAUGAGAACAAGAUUGCGAGAACUUGAAAAAUCUUCAGAUAAAUCCUAUGCAGCCAGUCCCUUGGUUAUCACUCUUCCCUCUGCUGAGAAACCUCCAUUGCCUAGAAAAUCACUCAUCAGUUCUGUCUCGAGAAAACUGGGCAAGAUUAAUCCAUUUCUUCGUGCUGAUGCACUUUUCCCUUCAAAUGCAAAAGUUCGGAGCAAACCUAGCAAGGAUCGGAGGCAUUCCAUAUCAUAACAACGCUGGUUUGUCUCUUCUCCCUUGGGCUCUUUUCGUGUUUGAUGUAUAAUGUGAUACUAUUACAAUUGCACAUUUGAAGAGAAUUAACGGUUGUGAAGAGCACCAUAAAGAUUUUGUAUAUUUUCUGGUUACUUUCAUCUCUUCCCCCCUCUUUUUUGGGUGAUGUUGAUGUAAAUCACGUUUGCACUCUAUUGUGCUUGAGGUGUGUAUUGUAAAUGGAGAUCAAUGUAAAUUCCCAAGUCUUCCCUGUGCAGUAUGCUUCAGUUUUCCAGGAUUUUCGACACUCCAAGAGAACAGAUUCAGAUUAUGCAAAUUUAUUUGUUCUGC